AUGAAAAUCCCUUCAAAGAAAUCAGGUUAUCGCUGGCGGGGAACCAAAGAUUUUUGGAUCCUCGUCGCUGGGCAAGAACCUCACCCAAUCUCCCAAUCGCUAGUGCGAGUGAGACCUUAACUCAUGUUUACUCCUCCUCUCAAGCUAGAUCUGUGACAAAUAUGAAAAAAAUUUGCGAUUUCUUGCCAUAUUUCGAGGAUGGUGAGGUCCGAUUGGGACACUUGGCUGCAGGCGUCGGUCUCACAAAGGCUGGCUUGAACCAUAGUGGAAAAAUGGAAGAGGGGAGAGAAGGCAGCGGCGGAGAAAAAGAACAAGGGCAAGGAAGGAGGUAGCGUCGUAGUGAUAUUCGUAAGUUUUUCAUCACUCUUAUUGGAGUACCUGGGGGAGUAUACAUUACAGCAAAACCAAUAGCCAACUUCUCACUAUGAUGAGUAAGUUUGUAUUAUUUUUCCUCAUUAUCCAUAUCGUGCAGAACAGAUGCAGUGUCAGGUGUAAAACCACGCAACUUCAUAUCUGAAGUUAGUUUUUUCAAAUACAAAACGAUCUCCUCUGAUUGCGGAUGGAAUUUAUCAACAAU